UUGCGUUAGUGAUCAACUGCUAUUUCUUAUACUUAAAUGCAAUGGAUUUGUUGUUCCUGAUUACAUAUGGUUUGGUGCAUAAUAUAAUGAUGCACGACCAUAUGGUAAACUUUACGAAAGAACAACUAAUUGAUGGACGCGACUAUAUGGAAAAUUGUACAUUGAAAUCAGAUGCAGCAUGGAAACUUAACCGUAUAUUGAUAUUUCCUUUAAUGCCAGCUGAUGCUUUAUUAAAUCUUAGAUGUUCAGCAAGACCUAUAUAUGAUGAAUGUGUGAAUUCUCUCAACAAUAGAAUGCGAGUAAAUUUGAAUGCUACUCAAAUAAACGCACUGAACUAUUGGAGAAAAAUCGAUAGCGACAUUUUAGAUCAUUCGUGUGAUAAGAUAGAAAUGUUCAAGAAUAUGACACAAGAAGGCACGGCAUGUAGCAGAUCAUCCAAUAAAGCUUUAAAAGACUGUUCUGUACAUCUCACAAGCUUAGAUAACGUAGGAUUCUAUGAUAUUCCCGAAUUUCAACAACGGUGCAGUGAUUUCGAGAAGUUUGAAACCUGUAUGAAGAUAUCGUUUGCUAAAAUUUGUCCACCAAAUGUUAACGAGUACAUUGGGGGUAUAAUACGCGCAAUUUUAUCCAAUAUUUGUCCCAAAAACGUUGUCUGAAAAGUGCCGAUUCAUUAUUGGAUUUGCAGUCGACUUAUUAUAUUAUUAAUUGUGAACUGACAGCUUAAAAAAUAAAGCUUUUGAUUUUUCAA